AUGGGCGCCGCGGGACGCAGGAUGCGGGAGGCGCCCGCGCGCCUGCUGCUGCCGCUGCUGCUGCCGUGGCUGCUGCUUUUGACGCCCGAGACUCGGGGCGCGCCCGGCUGCCCGGUCCCCAUUCGCAGCUGCAAGUGCUCGGGGGAGCGGCCCAAGGGGCUCAGCGGCGGCGCCCCCAACCCGGCGCGCAGGAGGGUGGUGUGCGGCGGCGGGGACCUCCCGGAGCCUCCCGAUCCCGGCCUUCUGCCGAACAGCACCGUUACCCUGCUCUUGAGCAACAACAAGAUCACCAGCCUCCGGAGCGGAGCCUUCCUGGGACUGUCCCUGCUGGAGAAAUUGGACCUGAGAAGCAACGUCAUCAGCACGGUGCAGCCCGGCGCCUUCCUGGGUCUGGGGGAGCUGAAACGCUUGGACCUCUCCAACAACCGGAUCGGCUGUCUCACCUCCGGGACCUUCCAGGGCCUCCCCAGGCUUCUCCGGCUAAACAUAUCUGGCAACAUCUUCUCCAGUCUGCAGCCUGGGGUCUUUGAUGAGCUGCCAGCCCUUAAGGUGGUGGACCUCGGCACCGAGUUCCUGACCUGCGAUUGCCGCCUGCGCUGGCUGCUUCCCUGGGCCCGCAACCGCUCCCUGCAGCUGUCAGAGCGCACGCUCUGUGCCUACCCCAGCGCCCUGCACGCCCAGGCCCUGGCCGGCCUCCAGGAGGCCCAGCUGCGCUGUGAGGGGGCCCUAGAGCUACACACACACCACCUCAUCCCAUCCCUCCGCCAAGUGGUCUUCCAGGGCGACCGGCUGCCCUUCCAGUGCUCGGCCAGCUACCUGGGCAACGACACCCGCAUCCGCUGGUACCACAACCGGGCCCCCGUGGAGGGUGAUGAGCAAGCGGGCGUCCUGCUGGCCGACAGCCUGGUCCACGACUGCACCUUCAUCACCAGCGAGCUGACCCUGUCUCACAUCGGCGUGUGGGCCUCAGGCGAAUGGGAGUGCUCCGUGUCCACGGCCCAGGGAAAUGCCAGCAAGAAGGUGGAGAUCGUGGUGCUGGAGACCUCGGCUUCCUACUGCCCGGCUGAGCGCGUCGCCAACAACCGCGGGGACUUCAGGUGGCCGCGAACUCUGGCUGGCAUCACAGCCUACCAGUCCUGCCUGCAGUACCCCUUCACCUCGGUGCCCCUGAGCGGGGGAGCUCCUGGCACCCGAGCCUCCCGCCGGUGCGACCGAGCUGGCCGCUGGGAGCCAGGGGACUACUCCCACUGUCUGUACACCAACGACAUCACCCGGGUGCUCUACACCUUCGUGCUGAUGCCCAUCAACGCCUCCAACGCGCUGACCCUGGCCCACCAGCUGCGAGUGUACACGGCCGAGGCCGCCAGCUUCUCCGACAUGAUGGAUGUUGUCUAUGUGGCUCAGAUGAUCCAGAAGUUUCUGGGUUAUGUCGACCAGAUCAAAGAGCUGGUGGAGGUGAUGGUGGACAUGGCCAGCAACCUGAUGCUGGUGGAUGAACACCUGCUGUGGCUGGCCCAGCGCGAGGACAAGGCCUGCAGCGGCAUUGUGGGUGCCCUGGAGCGCAUCGGGGGAGCCGCCCUGAGCCCCCACGCCCAGCACAUCUCUGUGAACUCGAGGAACGUGGCGUUGGAGGCCUACCUCAUCAAGCCUCACAGCUACGUGGGCCUGACCUGCACGGCCUUCCAGAGGCGGGAGACGGGUGCGCCUGGUGCACGGCCCUCGGGCCCCGGCCAGAGCCCAUCGCCCGAGCCGGAGCCCCCGGCCGACCAGCAGCUCCGCUUCCGCUGCACCACCGGCAGGCCCAACGUGUCUCUGUCGGCCUUCCACAUCAAGAACAGCGUGGCCCUGGCCUCCAUCCAGCUGCCACCCAGCCUGUUCUCGUCGCCCCCGGCGGCCCUGGCCCCCCCGGCGCCCCCAGACUGCACCCUGCAGCUGCUCGUCUUCCGCAACGGCCGCCUCUUCCGCACAUUGGGCAACACCUCCCGCCCAGGAGCCGCGGGGCCUGGCAGGAGGCGCGGCGUGGCCACCCCUGUCAUCUUUGCGGGGACCAGUGGCUGCGGCGUGGGGAACCUGACCGAGCCGGUGGCCGUCUCGCUGCGGCACUGGGCUGAGGGGGCCGAGCCUGUGGCGGCCUGGUGGAGUCAGGAGGGGCCGGGGGGACCCGGGGGCUGGCGCUCUGAGGGCUGCCAGCUGCGCUCCAGCCAGCCCAACGUCAGCUCCCUGCACUGCCAGCACCUGGGCAACGUGGCCGUGCUCAUGGAGCUGAGCGCCUUCCCCAGGGAGGCGGGGGGCUCCGGGGCGGGGCUGCACCCCGUCGUGUACCCCUGCACGGCCCUGCUGCUGCUCUGCCUCUUCUCCACCAUCAUCACUUACAUCCUCAACCACAGCUCCAUCCACGUGUCCCGGAAGGGCUGGCACAUGCUGCUGAACCUGUGCUUCCACAUGGCCAUGACCUCCGCCGUGUUUGCGGGAGGCAUCACGCUCACCAACUACCAGAUGGUCUGCCAGGCGGUGGGCAUCACCCUGCACUACUCUUCACUGUCCACACUCCUCUGGAUGGGCGUGAAGGCCCGCGUCCUCCACAAGGAGCUCACCUGGAGGGCACCCCCCCCACCAGAAGGGGAUGCUGCCCCGCCUGCCCCCAGACCCAUGCUUCGGUUCUAUCUGAUCGCGGGAGGGAUCCCACUCAUCAUCUGUGGUAUCACUGCCGCUGUCAACAUCCACAACUACAGAGACCACGGCCCCUACUGCUGGCUGGUGUGGCGCCCGAGCCUAGGCGCCUUCUACAUCCCGGUGGCUUUGAUUUUGCUCAUCACCUGGAUCUAUUUCCUGUGCGCAGGGCUGCGCUUACGGGGUCCCCUGGCACAGAGCCCGAAGGCGGGCACCGGCCGGGUCUCCCUGGAGCCGGGGGAGGAGCUGAGGGGUCCCACCAGGCUCAGGAGCAGCGGCCCCCUCCUGACUGACUCGGGUUCCCUCCUGGCGGCUGGAAGCACCGGGGUGGUGACGCCCGGGCCCCCGGAGGACGGCGACGGCCUCUAUUCUCCGGGGGUCCAGCUGGGGGCGCUGGUGACCACGCAUUUCCUCUACCUGGCCACUUGGGCCUGCGGGGCGCUAACGGUGUCGCAGCGCUGGCUGCCCCGGGUGGUGUGCAGCUGUCUGUACGGGGUGGCGGCCUCCGCCCUGGGUCUCUUCGUCUUCACCCACCACUGUGCCAGGCGCAGGGACGUCAGGGCCUCCUGGCGCGCCUGCCGGCCCCCGGCCUCGGCCCCCCGCGCCUCCCCCCGGGCCGCGCCUACCGGCCCCGAAGACGGGUCCCCGGUGUUUGGAGAGGGACCCCCGUCUCUCAAGUCGUCCCCGAGCGGCAGCAGCGGCCACGCGCCGCCCCCGGGGCCCUGCAAGCUCACCAACCUGCAGCUGGCGCAGAGCCAGGCGUGCGAGGCGGGGGCGGUGGCCCGCGGGGAGGGGGAGCCCGAGCCCCCGGGCCCCCGGGCCGGCCUCGGCCCGCGCCACCCUAACAACCUGCACCACGGCCGCCGGGGCCACAAGAGCCGCGCCAAGGGGCACCGUGCGGGGGAGGCCAGCGGCAAGAACCGGCUCCGGGCGCUGCGCGGGGGUGCGGCCGGGACGGCCGAGCUGCAGUCAAGCGAGAGCGGCAGCCCGCACCACAGCCCGUCCGAGAGCUACCUGGGCAGCAGCCGCCACAGCCCGGGCGCCGGGCCCCGGCUCGAGGGCGAGGCCGCGCUCACGCCGUCAGCCGGCCGGUCGGGCCAGCGCCGCAGCGCCAGCCGCGACAACCUCAGGGGCGGCGCGCUGGAGAAGGAGAGCAAGCGCCGCUCGUACCCGCUUAACUCGGCCAGCCUCAACGGGGCCCCCAAGGGCGGCAAGUACGAGGACGUCCCCUCGAGCGGCGCCGAAGCGGCAGGCGGCGGCUGCAUGAAGACCGGCCUCUGGAAGAGCGAGACCACCGUCUAG